GUUGUUUCGGCCGAGGAGCAGUCGCCGCCAUUUCAAGACGGCGAGAGGUAGACAGCCAACCAGAGUUCCUAAGGUUCGAAGCCAGUAAGUGCUGCCGCCGCAUAAGCCUUCCAAAAUCCUGGUAGGGCUGCUGCCCUCUUACUAUUACCUCUAGAAACACUCUUGCCAGUAGUGGCGGCAGCGGGAGUUAGUUACCCCCUUCUCGUUCCCCUUGAAGAAGCUCCAGAUGGCGUCUUCCGUGGGCAACGUGGCCGACAGUACAGAACCAACGAAACGUAUGCUUUCCUUCCAAGGGUUAGCUGAGUUGGCACAUCGAGAAUAUCAGGCAGGAGAUUUUGAGGCAGCUGAAAGACACUGCAUGCAGCUCUGGAGACAAGAGCCAGACAAUACUGGUGUGCUUUUAUUACUUUCAUCUAUACACUUCCAGUGUCGAAGGCUGGACAGAUCUGCUCACUUUAGCACUCUGGCGAUUAAACAGAACCCCCUUCUGGCAGAAGCCUAUUCAAAUUUGGGGAAUGUGUACAAGGAAAGAGGGCAGUUGCAGGAAGCAAUUGAGCAUUAUCGACAUGCAUUGCGUCUCAAACCCGAUUUCAUUGAUGGUUAUAUUAACCUGGCAGCCGCAUUGGUAGCAGCAGGCGACAUGGAAGGGGCUGUACAAGCUUAUGUCUCUGCUCUUCAGUACAAUCCUGAUUUGUACUGUGUUCGCAGUGACCUGGGGAACCUGCUCAAAGCCCUGGGUCGCUUGGAAGAAGCCAAGGCAUGUUAUUUGAAAGCAAUUGAGACGCAACCGAACUUUGCAGUAGCUUGGAGUAAUCUUGGCUGUGUUUUCAAUGCUCAAGGAGAGAUUUGGCUUGCAAUUCAUCACUUUGAAAAGGCUGUCACCCUUGACCCAAAUUUUCUGGAUGCUUAUAUCAAUUUAGGGAAUGUCUUGAAAGAGGCACGCAUUUUUGACAGAGCCGUGGCAGCUUACCUUCGUGCCCUAAGCUUGAGUCCAAAUCAUGCAGUGGUACACGGCAACCUGGCUUGUGUAUACUAUGAGCAAGGCCUGAUAGAUCUGGCAAUAGACACCUACAGGAGAGCUAUUGAACUGCAACCACAUUUCCCUGAUGCUUACUGCAACCUAGCCAAUGCUCUCAAAGAGAAGGGCAGUGUUGCUGAAGCAGAAGAUUGUUAUAAUACAGCUCUCCGUCUGUGUCCCACCCAUGCAGACUCUCUGAAUAACCUAGCCAAUAUCAAACGAGAACAGGGAAACAUUGAAGAGGCAGUUCGCUUGUAUCGUAAAGCAUUAGAAGUCUUCCCUGAGUUUGCUGCUGCCCAUUCAAAUUUAGCAAGUGUACUACAGCAGCAGGGAAAACUGCAAGAAGCUUUGAUGCAUUAUAAGGAGGCUAUUCGAAUAAGUCCUACGUUUGCUGAUGCCUACUCUAAUAUGGGAAAUACUUUAAAGGAGAUGCAGGAUGUUCAGGGAGCCUUGCAGUGUUAUACUCGUGCCAUCCAGAUUAACCCUGCGUUUGCAGAUGCCCACAGCAAUCUGGCUUCCAUUCACAAGGAUUCAGGGAAUAUUCCAGAAGCAAUAGCUUCUUACCGCACAGCUCUGAAACUUAAGCCUGAUUUUCCUGAUGCUUAUUGUAACUUGGCUCAUUGCCUGCAGAUUGUCUGUGAUUGGACAGACUAUGAUGAGCGAAUGAAGAAGUUGGUCAGUAUUGUGGCUGACCAGUUAGAGAAGAAUAGGUUGCCUUCUGUUCAUCCUCAUCAUAGUAUGCUAUAUCCUCUUUCUCAUGGCUUCAGGAAGGCUAUUGCUGAGAGGCAUGGGAACCUCUGCUUGGAUAAGAUUAAUGUCCUUCAUAAACCACCAUAUGAUCAUCCAAAAGACUUGAAGCUCAGUGAUGGUCGACUGCGUGUAGGAUAUGUGAGUUCUGACUUUGGGAAUCAUCCUACUUCUCACCUUAUGCAGUCUAUUCCAGGCAUGCACAAUCCUGAUAAAUUUGAGGUAUUCUGUUAUGCCCUGAGCCCAGAUGAUGGCACAAACUUCCGAGUGAAGGUGAUGGCAGAAGCCAAUCAUUUCAUUGAUCUUUCUCAGAUUCCAUGCAAUGGAAAAGCAGCUGAUCGCAUCCAUCAGGAUGGAAUUCAUAUCCUUGUAAAUAUGAAUGGUUAUACCAAGGGCGCUCGAAAUGAGCUCUUUGCUCUCAGGCCAGCUCCUAUUCAGGCAAUGUGGCUGGGAUACCCUGGGACUAGUGGUGCGCUUUUCAUGGAUUAUAUCAUUACUGAUCAGGAAACUUCACCAGCUGAAGUUGCUGAGCAGUAUUCUGAGAAACUGGCUUAUAUGCCUCACACUUUCUUUAUUGGUGAUCAUGCUAAUAUGUUCCCUCACCUGAAGAAAAAAGCAGUCAUCGAUUUUAAGUCCAAUGGGCACAUUUAUGACAAUCGGAUAGUUCUGAAUGGCAUCGACCUCAAAGCAUUUCUUGAUAGUCUACCAGAUGUGAAAAUUGUCAAGAUGAAAUGUCCUGAUGGAGGAGACAAUGCAGACAGCAGUAACACAGCUCUUAAUAUGCCUGUCAUUCCUGUGAAUACUAUUGCAGAAGCAGUUGUUGAAAUGAUUAACAGAGGACAGAUUCAGAUAACAAUUAAUGGAUUUAGUAUUAGCAAUGGAUUGGCAACUACCCAGAUCAACAAUAAAGCCGCAACUGGAGAGGAGGUUCCCCGUACUAUUAUUGUUACCACCCGUUCUCAGUACGGAUUACCAGAAGAUGCCAUUGUGUACUGUAACUUUAAUCAAUUGUAUAAAAUUGACCCUUCUACUUUGCAGAUGUGGGCAAAUAUUCUGAAGCGUGUUCCCAAUAGUGUGCUCUGGCUGUUGCGUUUUCCAGCGGUAGGAGAACCUAAUAUUCAACAAUAUGCACAAAACAUGGGCCUUCCCCAGAACCGUAUCAUUUUUUCACCUGUUGCUCCUAAAGAGGAACAUGUCAGGAGAGGUCAACUGGCUGAUGUCUGUCUGGACACUCCACUCUGUAAUGGACAUACCACGGGAAUGGAUGUCCUCUGGGCAGGGACACCCAUGGUGACUAUGCCAGGAGAGACUCUUGCUUCUCGAGUUGCAGCUUCCCAGCUCACAUGUUUAGGUUGUCUUGAGCUUAUUGCUAAAAAUAGACAAGAAUAUGAAGACAUAGCUGUGAAACUGGGAACUGAUCUAGAAUACCUGAAGAAAAUUCGUGGCAAAGUCUGGAAGCAGAGAAUAUCUAGCCCUCUGUUCAACACCAAACAAUACACGAUGGAACUAGAACGGCUCUAUCUUCAGAUGUGGGAGCAUUAUGCAGCUGGCAACAAACCUGACCACAUGAUUAAGCCUGUUGAAGUCACUGACUCAGCUUAAAUAAAGACAGAGAAUCACUCCUAUACCUGAGCCUCAACCUUCUGGGGGAAAGGGAACUAUAUAACAUACCUUUACUUAUCUGUACAGUACCAUGUUGCAGAUGGGUGAUAUAUAAUGAUAAUAGAAUAGCACAGCCAGACUUGCUUCCUGCAUGAUUGGGAGAGACACAAGACAUGGGAAACUGCUGUUCCACAAGGAAUCUCCAUAAAACUUUGCAGCAACCAGGUGGUGCAUAGGUCUGGAAGGUCUGAUCUCCCUUGGUCUUCCAUGGGAUGGUUAGUGUGGAGGGGAGAUGUAGAUUGUCCAGCCGUUUUGUGAUUCCAUGGAUUGAUUGAGUCUUCUGAAAUUAAGGUCUUUUUCUUUAUAUUUUGGGUAUUGGAGCUUUUAAAAAUGUUUGGUUUCAGGUAUUUUUAUUCAUGUGAAGUGUAUAUGAUUCUCUUGAGAUGAGGUUUUAAGCUAAAAUGUUACUCCCUGUUUUAGUUUCUGAACUCUGACAGAUUAACAGGGACUUUGCUGGUGUAGUCUUUUAUAGGUUUUAUAAACCACUCGAGCCUAUAUCAGUCAUUUUAGUGUCUGACCUAAUGUUUGGAGCUCUCAGUGCUUUAUUGGUUUAGAUGAUGACUCAAAAUUUUUUCUGGUCCAUUUCCUAUUUUCUUCUCUCCCUCUCCUUAAGUAGAAGUUUUAAGUUUUUUAUCUCAGCUAACAAAACCAAGUCUGAUUCAAGACAUCCCAGAGUGUUUCUCUUAAACACACUAUCUGCUGCCAAAUAAAAAUUCUUAGGAGUGAUUAUUAUUAAUUAUGAAGGG